AAGAAAAUAAAUAAAGAAAUCAAGCUGGCUCAGUGCGUGUCUCAGCAGCCUACUUUGACAGGUGCUCCUCACCCCCUUUGGAGGACUGUCAACAGCAAGAGGAUGGCAUCAGAGCUGGCAAUGAGCAACUCCGACCUGCCCACCAGUCCCCUGGCCAUGGAAUAUGUUAAUGACUUCGAUCUGAUGAAGUUUGAAGAAAAGGAGCCGGUGGAGCCCGAUCGCAGCAUCAGCCAGUGCAGCCGCCUGGUCGCCGGGGGAUCCCUCUCUUCCACCCCGAUGAGCACGCCUUGCAGCUCGGUUCCCCCCUCUCCAAGCUUCUCGGCGCCCAGUCCGGGAUCAGGGAGCGAACAGAAGGCGCACUUGGAGGAUUUCUACUGGAUGACCGGGUACCAACAGCAGUUGAACCCCGAAGCUCUGGGUUUUAGCCCGGAGGACGCCGUAGAGGCUCUGAUCAGCAGCAGUCACCAGCUCCAGACCUUCGAUGGCUACGCCAGAGGGCAGCAGUUUGGCGGCGCAGCCGGGCCGGGAGGCGCCAUGCCCGGUGAGGAGAUGGGGUCAGCGGCCGCCGUGGUGUCCGCAGUCAUCGCCGCAGCCGCAGCUCAGAACGGCGCACCACACCACCACCACCACCAUCACCACCACCACCACACGGGGCCACACCACCCCUCGUCCGGCUCCCAGUCCGGCGGCGGCGCGGGGGGGAACCACCAGCACAUGCGCUUAGAGGAGCGCUUCUCCGACGAGCAGCUGGUGACCAUGUCGGUGCGGGAGUUGAACCGGCAGCUCCGAGGGGUCAGCAAAGAAGAGGUGAUCCGCCUGAAACAGAAGAGGAGGACGCUAAAGAACAGAGGCUACGCGCAGUCCUGCCGGUACAAGCGCGUCCAGCAGCGGCACGUCCUGGAGGGAGAGAAGACGCAGCUCAUGCAGCAGGUGGACCACCUCAAGCAGGAGAUCUCCCGGCUGGCCAGGGAGAGGGACGCCUACAAGGAGAAAUACGAAAAACUCAUCAGCACCGGCUUCAGAGAAAACGGAGGAUCCAGCAGCGACAACAAUCCGUCGUCCCCGGAGUUUUUCAUGUGAGUCCCGGUGCGCCAAAAAGUUUAAAUAAGACCCUCACAACAAAAUAAACUUCUUCAUCUAACAACAAAG